AUGACAAGAGCAAAGACAUUUAAGCUCAAAAUCCUUAUGAUUCAUGGCUAUACUGAAACCGGAGAGUUCUUUCGCUCAGAAGUACUUGACCUGGAGAAGGCCCUUAUCGAAGCCUUUCCAGUAGCGCCUGCCCCUGGUUAUCAUCCCGAUUAUCCGGAUGGCGUAGAGCUCGUAUACCCAGAUGGCACCUGGAGACUCAAGCCAACCGAUUGGGCCCGCUAUAUACCGGGGACCGAUCCAGGUUUUGGAUGGUUCUACAAGGUUGACGACGACGAUGAAUUUCCAGGCUUGCUCGAUGGAUUGCAAAAGCUUGGUGAUAUUAUGCGCUCGCAGGGGCCCUUUGCCGGGGUCAUUGGAUUUUCUCAAGGGGGAUUCUUGACCGGACUUAUCACAAGCAUGCUUGAGCCGGGCAGGAAGAGUGUCUUCGAGAAAGUCGAGGUCGAAAAUGGAGGUAUUCCAUUCCCGAAGGCAUUCGAUGGAGUCCACCCUAUCAAAUUCUCAAUCAGCUGCUGUGGUUUCGCUGCAUUGAACCUUCGAUACAAAGCCUUUUAUAUGCCAAAGAUAUCAGGGCCGAUGCUCCAUGUAAAUGGGCAAUUCGAUGAUAUUGUGUACGACAAAAGAAGUCGCACUCUGAUUGAUGCGACCACGGGUGCUGAGGAAGAGAAAGUGCUCAUUCACCCGGGUGGUCAUUCUGUGCCGACUAGCAAAUUGUACACGGAUGCGAUGGUCAUGUUCAUCCGAAGUAAACUCUCGAGUUGA